AAACGUUUCUCUAGAUAGGCUCUCUCAGUUGGCUUCCUGUCAAGCAAACUCUCUGCACAUCUCUCAAGUUCUCCAAUGGAGCUCUGGUUUCUCCUCCCCCUCGCUCUCUCUCUGUCUCUCUGUUUAGCCCUCAAAUCCAUAAUCCAUCAUCUCUCCCUCCCCAAAUCCAUCCAAUCAAAGCUCUCUCUCCCACCAGGACCCCUUAAAGUACCCAUAAUCGGUAGCUUCGUCUUCCUCCGAAUCUCCUCUCCAUUUAAAAUGGAGCCAAUCCUCCGCAACCUGUGCCACAAAUACGGUCCCAUCAUAACCCUGCACAUCGGUUCACACCCAGCCAUCUUCAUCACAAACCAUUCUCUCGCCCAUCAAGCCCUCGUCGAGAAUGGAACCGUCUUCGCCGACCGCCAUCCCCUUGGUUCUCCCAGCCGCAUAGUCAACAACAACCCACUUAGCAUCAAUUCCGCCCCUUACGGCCCCGUGUGGCGGCUCCUCCGCCGGAAUAUCACUUAUGAGAUCCUCCACCCUUCUCGGGUGAAAUCCUAUGGUCAUGGUCGAAGAUGGGUUUUGCAGAUUCUAAUUAAGAGACUCAGAAACCAUGUUCAAUCUGGUGAGUCGGUUCCCGUGAUUGAUCACUUCCAGUAUGCCAUGUUCUGCUUAGUGGUUCUUAUGUGCUUUGGGAGGAAAUUUGAUGAGAAAAUCAUCAGAGAGAUCGAAUAUGUACAGAGAACCCUGAUUGUUAAUUUACGCAGAUUCUCUGUUCUUGCAUUCCUCCCAAAAUUGGGGAAAAUCAUCUUCAGGAAUCGCUGGAACCAACUUCUUGAAUUGCGCCGGAGACAGGAAUCUGUACUCAUCCCUAUCAUAAGAGCCCGGAGAGAGAUAAAGAAUAAGAAACAAGAUAAAGGUAACCCAGAUGAUGAAUUCCUUGUCUCCUAUGUUGAUACUCUGUUUGAUCUUAAGAUCCCGGACGACGGCCGGAAUCUCACAGAAGGGGAAAUCAUGACUCUUUGUUCCGAGUUUCUGAACGGCGGCACUGACACAACAGCUACGGAGUUGCAGUGGAUCAUGGCGAACCUGGUGAAGAACCAAGGUGUACAAGAAAAGCUUUACUCUGAAAUUGAAGGAGUUGUGAAUUCAGGAGAAGAGAUUAGAGAGGAGGAUUUGCAGAAGAUGCCAUAUCUGAAGGCAGUGGUGUUGGAAGGGUUGAGGAGGCACCCACCAUCUCAUUUUGUCCUACCACAUGCUGUCACAGAGGAUAUUGUUUUGGAUGGGCAUGUGAUACCCAAGAAAGCUACUGUGAAUUUCAUGGUGGCUGAGAUGGGGUGGGACCCAAAAGUUUGGAAAGAUCCAAUGGAAUUUAAGCCAGAAAGAUUUUUGAGUGAGGAAGGAGUAGUAUUUGAUAUAACAGGGAGUAGGGAGAUUAAGAUGAUGCCAUUUGGGGUGGGGAGGAGGAUUUGCCCAGGAAUUGGGUUAGCUAUACUUCAUUUGGAGUAUUUUGUGGCGAAUUUGAUCAGAGAUUUCAAAUGGACGGCUGUAGAUGGUGAUGAUGUUGACUUGUCAGAGAAGCCAGAGUUCACAAUCGCUAUGAAGAACCCGUUGCGGGCCCACAUUUCUCCAAGGCUACCAUAAAAGAAUAAUACUUUGGACCAUGUUUAACAACCUCUUCUUCUUCCUUCCUUCCCUUUUUUCUGUUUUCUUGUUAAAUAACGUCCUUAAUAGUCUAUACAGCUUAUGUGAUGGUAUCAAUUUGGCUCAUCAUAGGAGUGGAGUUGAAUUGGAGGGCACUAUGUUGUUUAGUCAAAUUAUGACUAUUGAUAUUUUCAACCUUUGCCUGUUAAUCUAACUUUAAAUUUAUCAA